UCAGCCGCUUCUGGACAAAAGUACCGAAUGUCUCUCGGUCUCCCCGUCGGAGCCGUGAUGAACUGUGCCGACAACAGUGGAGCCAAGAACCUCUAUGUCAUCUCCGUUGUUGGAUUCGGUGCGCGAUUGAACAGACUUCCCGCUGCCGCUGCCGGAGACAUGGUCAUGGCUUCCGUCAAGAAGGGAAAGCCCGAGUUGAGAAAGAAGGUCAUGCCUGCCGUCAUUUGCCGACAGAGGAAACCUUGGCGAAGGAGGGAUGGAAUGUUCCUCUACUUUGAGGACAACGCCGGUGUCAUUGUCAACCCCAAGGGAGAGAUGAAGGGAUCAGCUAUCAACGGACCCGUCGCCAAAGAAUGCGCCGACUUGUGGCCCCGUAUAGCUUCCAACGCUGGAACCGUCGUCUAG